GCUCCGACUGUCUCAGUCGUUUGUGAACCUCGAAGGACGACAGAGGUCGAAGAGGGCACGUUUCCUCCUCUCCUUCUUCGCCUUUCUCCACGUCCUUGCUCUUGAACAGUACGCUCACCGUCGAGUACUACUAAGUCCACGACCGAGACCGAGACCACGAGCACGAGCACGACUACGACGGCUACUGCUGUAUCUCCGCUUCUUUUAUCUCAACACUUAAGCCGUGUGGGAUCUCUGCUACCGAGAGAACCAACCGAGGUGCUGUGCCAACCGAUCUGUUGUUACUGCUUCCGCAAUCUUGCUUGCACCACCAGGAACAUCACCAGCAACACGUGAAUCAACCUGGGACAUUUUUCUUCAACAGUCUGAACUAUUUAUACAAAAUGCGCUAUUAUAUACUCGUCGCUGUCUUUUUUGCUUGCUGUCUUCAAGAAUUAGUCGGAGGUGCGUGUCCACGAAUAUGUCCUAUCGGUGGAGAACCCGUAUGCGGUAGCGACGGGGUCAUAUACGCUUCUCAGUGCGAAAUGCGGAAGAAGAUGUGCGGAAAAGGAGUUACUGUAGCAACUGAUAAAACAGCUUGUUUGCGAUCAUCGGGCAGCAAGUGCGAACAUCGGUGUCCAGCUGAUCAGGAUCCUGUUUGUGGUACUGAUGGACGUACUUAUUUAAAUAAGUGCAUGCUGAGGGUGGAAAUUUGCAGGGUUGGAAUAGAACUGUCUCAUCUUGGGCCGUGUAAUAAUAUAUCUGCCCACCGCGAAAACUGUCCAGUCUCUUGUGAUCAAGCGCCACUCGACGGACCGGUUUGCGGAAGUGAUGGAAAUGUCUACAAGUCUACAUGUCAAAUGAAAAUUCUUACAUGCAGACAAGGAGUUGUAAGGACAAACAAAAAGCACUGUCAGACAACGAGACAUUGCCGAGAAACGUGCUGGCGGGGUGCCAAGCCAGCUUGCGGUAGCGACGGAAUUCUCUACGCCAACACGUGUAAAAUGCGAGCGAAAAAUUGCGGUAAACACGUGUUCGAAGUACCGAUGUCCUUUUGUGUAUCUCGAGAAAGAACUUCCGGAAGUGUCGGCAACGCUUGCCCGUUAGACUGCAAAGAUGAGCCGGAGGUCCAAGUUUGCGGUUCUGAUGGUAACAUUUACAGAAACGAGUGCGAAUUGAAGAUGCUUAAUUGCGGUCAAUCAAGGCGAAAAAUAACCGUAGUAGACUUUGAUAAAUGUAAAGCACGUCUUAUGAAGUGCUCAAAACAAAUGCAAAAGUGUAGCGGCGAUAUUGAUCCUGUUUGUGGUACUGAUGCUUACACGUAUCCCAAUCAGUGUCAUCUUAAUGUCGGGAUUUGUAUGAAAGGAAUUCAACUUGCACACGUUGGCGAAUGUACGACCUUGAAAGAGACUGAGCAAUGCCCAGAGGACUGUAGCAAUGAGCCUGAAGAACCUGUUUGUGGUAGUGACGGAAACGUUUACCGAUCUCUGUGCCAUUUACGACGGGAUACUUGCGGCCAGAGGGUGGUUUCCGUGCCAGCUCAGCACUGUCGUACGACAGCCCUAUGCAAUCAGAUAUGCAGCGGUGAGAGGCAGUUUGUCUGUGGUUCUGACAACAAGCUUUAUCGCAACGAGUGCGAGAUGAAGAGAGACAAUUGCGGAAAACACGUGUACGUCGUUCCCAUGAAGCGAUGUGUCCAAGGAUUUGUAUUUCGCGGAUGCCAAAAAAUCUGCCCACCCUAUUACGACCCUGUCUGUGGUACAGACAACAUGACAUACAGCAACGAAUGUUUCUUGGAGAUCGAGAACUGUCGCAGUCGAAGCCUCGUGACUAAAUUGUAUCACGGUAUUUGCGGACAGCCCACGGAAGAUCCGAAAAAUUAUUUAUACUAAAAUGAAUAAUUUAUUAUUUUGUUUUGAUAUUUUAUUUUUGUUGGAGCUAAAUUUAUUAUACUGUGAUCCAGCAGUUAGACGAAAUUAAUUGAUAUUCUCACUUGUUAAUUAUUAAUUACAGUUUAUUGAUAAAUUUAAUUAUA